UUACUCGGUAUACUUUUAAUAGUACUAACGUAUAUCCCAUUCAUAAUUCUACUUUUCCGUCAAAACAUAUUGAUAUAAAAAUAUACAGAAAUUCUUUCGAGGAAUACUCAAUGACUACAAAAAGAGAAGACAAAAGAAAUAUCUACGCUGGUCUCUAUUUUUAGGUGUAAACCUGGGCAGCUAAGUAUUGUGCGUGCAUUGUAAUACUUGCCUGAGUAAUUUCUGCCUCAUCUCAGGGAUUUGGAAGAUACAUACAUUCCUCCUCUCGUCAUGACACCUUCAAGUAAAGCUCCAGUCAGGCUCGAGGGGGCAAUACUUGCCACUCUUGUGUGUUGGUUCCUUGGACUAGGAUCACUUGUGUCAUGGAAUAGCAUGUUGACGAUUGGCGACUACUACUACGAAUUAUUUCCUGAUUACCAUCCAUCAAGGGUACUUACGCUCGUCUAUCAAAUAUUUGCAAUAGGAACAAUGGCAAUACUUGCUUAUAACGAGUCAAAGAUCGAUACUAGAAAACGUAAUAUAGCCGGAUACAUCCUCUUCUGUAUUAGUACUUUUGCACUUAUAGUGUUAGAUUUAGCUACUUCAGGGAAAGGGGGUGUCGGAAAUUAUAUUGGUAUAUGUGUCUUUGUUGGUGUUUUUGGGGUAGCAGAUGCUCAUGUCCUGGGUGGAAUGGUAGGAGACCUCUCUUUCAUGCGCCCAGAGUUUAUCCAGUCAUUCUUUGGUGGUUUGGCUGCAUCAGGAGCUCUUACCUCUGGUUUGAGGCUUAUGACAAAAGCAGCAUUUGAACAUUCAGGAAAUGGUCUUCGAAAGGGAACAAUGUUGUUUCUUGCUAUAUCCACAUUCUUAGAAUUUAUCUGCAUAUUUCUGUAUGCAUUUAUUUUCCCCAAACUACCGGUAGUUAAGUACUAUCGCUCCAAAGCAGCUUCUGAAGGAUCAAAAACUGUCACAUCUGACCUGACAGCUGCUGGCAUCCAGAAACAAGAAUUUCAAGAAGCUGAUGAUGAUGCUAAUCCCCAGAGGCUUACAAAUAAACAGUUGUUCUUUCAAAACAUCGAUUACUUAUUGGACUUGUUUCUGAUAUAUGUCCUAACCUUGUCAAUAUUCCCCGGGUUCUUAUACGAAAACACUGGUAAACACCAGUUGGGUUCAUGGUAUCCACUUGUUCUGAUAGCAAUGUACAACGUCCUGGAUCUAGUUGGAAGAUAUGUUCCCCUGAUAGAUUUGAUCAAAUUGGAAUCUCGGAAAGGCCUCAUGAUUGCAAUACUAUCCCGUUUCUUGCUCAUACCUGCAUUUUAUUUCACUGCGAAAUAUGGUGAUCAGGGGUGGAUGAUACUCCUUGUUUCAUUCUUGGGAUUAACCAAUGGUUACCUAACUGUGUGUGUCAUGACUGUAGCUCCUAAAGGAUACAAGGGUCCUGAGCAAAAUGCAUUGGGGAAUCUGCUAGUUUUAUUUCUUUUCGGCGGUAUAUUUGCUGGUGUUGCUCUGGAUUGGUUGUGGCUAAUUGGUAGUACGGCUAAAUUUUAAGAGGUAAUAACUAUCAAGCUCAGCAUGUUGCUAGGAACAAGAACAAGUGUUACAUUCUUUUGAGACUAGAAUAUCUGGUAGUAGAUGAGAGUAUAUGUAUAUUCAUCCUAGUACGUUACAAGUGAGGGUCACCUCAGAACUAUUGCUAAACUAUACUAGCUUAUAGCCCGUGCAAGGCACGGGAGCUUUUUAAUUAUUUAUAAAUUUUUUAAAUAUA